UGUAAUGGCUGCUCCCAUGACAGUUCGCCAGGUUUCGAGCGUUGUAUGUUGAUUGAGUGCAUAAUGAUUAUUUAAACGGCUUCCGAUUUUUCUGAAAGUUUAAACUUGACUGCUACAUACCGACUUUAGGUUAUAUUGCAAGGCAAUAAGGAGAAAUGAUGGCAUCUCACUGGGGAGAAAUGCCAAGCCUCCCAGAUACAGACCCAGGGAUAGCAGCAAUUGAGAGGGAACAAAUGACAAAACCUAGACCAAUGGAGGUAGAAGGUCCCAGGCUUCAUCAACCUUCAGCCAGGCAUUAUCCACCAACCAGCGAUCCACUUCCAGCAGAGCAGUUUGCUAUUGAUCCUUUGAUGGUUCAUACGAUACGCUUACUCCAGCAUGCAAAGAGACUCAAGAUUAUGACAGUGUCCAUACAGCAACAGAGAGAUAGUAUGAGCCCAGCAGAGUUAGAAGGCAUCAGUUUCCCCAGCCCAUCACCGGUGCCAGAUUGUGAUAGCUUUGGCUGUCACAGAAAAGACAAUGGAAACACUCCCCUGCCUUUUCUUCCUAAAGAUACGGAAAGUGAUUUUUCAAGGGGAAUAGGCAAUGCUCCAUUAGAAAUUGACAGCAUGACAUGUCGGAUGCUGUUAAGAAAUUCAGUGGCAGCAAUUUGUGCACAUGCAGGAUAUGAAACUUGUCCAGAGUCGGUCCUGGAAACAUUGACAGAUGUAAGCCAUGACUAUAUGACCAGACUAACUAAACUGCUACGAACAUCAAAAGACAAUGAGUGUUUGCAUGGCUAUACAGGCUUUCAGGAUAUUAUUCAGCAAGUGUUUUUUGAAGUUGGCAUAGGAAGUAUAAGCAACCUUCAUGAAUUCUACCAGACACGGGUGGUCAAUUAUCACAACAAUAUGCUACUGGUUUGCCAGCAGUUAACAGAGGAUUAUGAGAAAGUAAAGCAGCCUAUUACAGAUUCAGAGAUUGGGGAAGAGGAAAAAACAAAGGUUAAGGAUGAAUCCUUUGCUGACAUUCACUUUCCAUCCUCAGAACCAGAGUCAGAUGAUAACACAGAGUCUGAUCAGCCUCUGCAGUUAGAAAGCUUUCAUUCACUGGACACUAGCUCAGACCAAGCAGAUGAAACAGGAAGUCUUCAUCAAGAAGAGGAAGGAAAGUGGACCCAAAAUAUCAAGUCUGAGCCGUCAGAUAUAAAGCCUAUUGUGUUAGAUGACUCAGACUCCCAGCAUCCUGAUGACAACCCACACACACCAGGCGGUCACAUUGAAGCAGAUGACAGUUUGGAGGACUCUUCUGCAGCAGGCUCAGAUAUCAUGAGUCCACCCUCAGGCCCUGGGAGGUCUAGACCAAAGAAAAAGAGAAAAAGGUGAUACAUUUUGCUGAAAACUGACCAUCAGCCAUGUUGCUGUUACAAUGCCCAAGAUGUGAAAAAUUCAGGAAAAUUCACUUUCUCCAGAGAAGGAAUCUCGGGGGGAAAAGACCAAAGGAGCUUUGAAGUCAGCAAUGACAAAUACAACAAGAUAAAGAAUUUAGAACCUCUUUGAUAGAGUCUAUAACAGUUUAAAACAUUACAUCAUGGUAUGUAAAAUGUGUCCCAGUCAUGACUUGUAGUAUCAUGUAGCAUGCAUAUUCUUCAUCCAGUGUUUGAGGAAGGUGAUGCAGUGCCUUAUUGAAGAACCAUAGUCUGUGGCAGAGAAACAAUUUAUGACGCAGCUGCAGAAUUUGCCAUGUUGGAUGUCUUUUGAUGUGUGGGUAUAGUCCUAUAAGUAAAAACGUCUAAUGGCUUGUUGAUAUUUUGUAUAUUUGUAUAUAUUACAUUUUGCACAGUACUAUGUAGUUUUAUCAUUCAAGUUCACAGCAGAAACAUGCUUGUAAACAAACUCAUAAUGUAAUUUAAUUGUAACCUGUAUGGUGAAUUAAAGGUAUCAGUAUGAGUUCUUCAUGCCAAAUUUUGA